UCCUUCUUUCCCUGUCUCUCCCUCUGCUGCCUCUCUUUUUUCCCUCUUGCAGGGUUGUCUUACAUCAGCCCAUUGAGUCCCGGUGAAGGCGAUUGUGGGACAGAGUGAGCGAGCGAGAGAAAGAAGGGCUCGGAUCUGAACAUCCAGCCGCCUCCGUCUCUCUGGAAUAAUCUGAAGUCAUCUGUAAACAAAUGGUCUGAGAGGAAAGACAACAUCUUACAAGUUGGAAGUCGAUGUCUUUGCAUGUGUUUGGGAUGAAGCACCUGUGGGACGUUCACUUCCUCCGGCUGACCCUCCUCCACCUGUUAGGAGCCGUCACGUCUCAGGUCAAUCCAGGUGUGUGUCGGUAUCCUCUGGGCAUGUCUGGAGGCCAGAUACAGGAUGAGGACAUCUCUGCCUCCAGCCAGUGGUCCGAAUCCACUGCUGCUAGAUAUGGCAGGCUGGACUUUGAGGAGGGGGAUGGUGCGUGGUGUCCAGAGAUCACGGUGGAGCCCGACAGCCUGAAGGAGUUCCUCCAGAUCGACCUGCGCUCGCUCCACUUCAUCACCCUUGUGGGGACGCAGGGUCGACACGCGGGGGGCAUCGGCAACGAGUUCGCCCAGAUGUACAAGAUAAAGUACAGUCGAGACGGCAGCCGCUGGAUCUCGUGGAGAAACAGACAGGGCAAGCAGGUGAUCGAGGGAAACAGGAAUGCCUACGACAUCGUACUCAAGGACCUGGAGCCCCCCAUAAUUGCUCGCUUUGUCCGCUUCAUGCCUGUAACGGACCACUCCAUGAACGUCUGCAUGAGAGUGGAGCUCUAUGGCUGUGAAUGGCUUGAUGGCUUGGUUUCAUACAACGCUCCUGCAGGGGAACAGAUGAACCUACCAGCUAAAUCAGUUUACCUCAAUGACUCCGUCUACGAUGGAGCGAUCAUCCACAGUAUGACUGAAGGCUUGGGCCAGCUGACCGAUGGAGUGUUUGGUUUGGACAAUUUCAUGAUGAGCCACGUCUACAAUGUGUGGCCCGGUUAUGACUAUGUUGGUUGGACCAAUGAGAGCUUCCCUGGUGGAUUCGUUGAAAUAAUGUUUGAGUUUGAUCGCACCAGAAACUUCACCACCAUGAAGGUCCACUGCAACAACAUGUUCGUCCAUCACGUCAAGGCCUUCCGUCAGGUGGUCUGCUAUUUCCGCUCUGAAUCGGACUGGGAGGCCACGCCGCUCUCCUUCAGCCCGGUGGUGGACGAGACGAAUCCCAGCGCCCGCUUUGUUACUAUCAACCUGGCCAAUCACAUGGCCAGUGCCAUCAAGUGCCAGUUCUACUUUGCAGACGCCUGGAUGCUGUUCAGUGAAAUCACCUUCCAGUCAGAUACAGCCAUGUAUAACACAACACUGGCUCCACCCAAGACAGGACUACCACCAAACACACCGCCAGACGACCCGACUCACAAAGUAGACGACAGCAACACCCGAAUCCUGAUUGGCUGUUUGGUGGCCAUAAUCUUCAUCCUUGUGGCCAUCAUCGUCAUCAUCCUGUGGAGGCAGGUGUGGCAGAAGAUGCUGGAGAAGGCCUCUCGUCGGAUGCUGGACGAUGAACUAACUGCUAGUUUGUCAAUACAGAGCGAGACGUUCAUCUACAAUCACAACCACAACCAUUCAAGUACAACCAGCGAGCAAGAGUCUAAUUCCACGUAUGAGCGCAUCUUCCCUCUCGGUCCAGACUACCAGGAGCCGUCACGCCUCAUAUGUAAGCUGCCGGAGUUUGCACAGAGCUCAGAAGAACCUGCUUCAAGCAGCACAGCGGCCUCUAAGUCCACCACCACCACCACGGUGGGCCCGGACGGCGUCCCCCACUACGCAGAGGCUGACAUUGUGAACCUGCAAGGUGUGACUGGAAGCAACACGUAUGCGAUCCCUGCAGUGACCAUGGACCUGCUGUCGGGGAAGGACGUCGCAGUGGAGGAAUUCCCACGAAAGCUGCUCACGUUUAAGGAGAAGCUGGGAGAGGGCCAGUUCGGAGAAGUACACUUGUGUGAAGCCGAAGGAAUGCAGGAGUUUAUGAACAAAGAGUUUCUGUUUGACAUUCCUGAGGACCAGCCGGUCCUGGUGGCGGUGAAGAUGCUCCGCUCAGACGCAAACAAAAAUGCAAGGAAUGACUUCUUGAAAGAGAUAAAGAUCAUGUCACGUUUGAAGGACCCCAACAUCAUCCGCCUGCUCGCUGUGUGCAUCUACAGCGACCCGCUCUGUAUGAUCACAGAGUACAUGGAGAAUGGAGACCUCAACCAGUUUCUGUCCCGUCAUGAACCCGAGGGGCAACUUGCUCUGCUCAGCAAUGCCCCUACAGUCAGCUUUGGAAAUCUGUGCUACAUGGCCACUCAGAUAGCCUCUGGGAUGAAAUACCUCUCCUCUCUAAACUUUGUUCAUCGAGACUUGGCCACGAGGAACUGCUUGGUGGGGAAAAACUACACGAUAAAGAUAGCUGACUUCGGUAUGAGCAGGAACCUCUACAGUGGGGACUACUACCGCAUCCAGGGCCGAGCGGUGCUGCCCAUUCGCUGGAUGUCCUGGGAAAGCAUCCUGCUGGGUAAAUUCACCACAGCCAGUGACGUGUGGGCCUUUGCGGUGACCCUGUGGGAAAUACUCAACUUCUGCAAGGAGCAGCCGUACUCUCAGCUCACUGACGAGCAGGUGAUAGAAAACACAGGAGAGUUUUUCAGGGACCAGAAACGACAGAUCUACCUGCCUCAGCCCGUGCUGUGUCCAGACUCUCUCUACAAGGUCAUGCUGAGCUGCUGGAGGAGGAACACAAAGGAACGGCCUUCCUUCCAGGAAAUACACAGAGCUCUCCUGGAUAUGGAGCCAUAAGCCAGUGCAAUGUUCUAAGACAGUCAUUCCCAGUCUGCUGGUCUGUGGAGAAAAAUGGUACAUUGAGAAGAUCUGAAGACACGUUCCAGGUUUAAGCUGUCUGGUUUCAGUACAGAAGCAGGGUGGAGGUGGAACACCUGUGGGCUCCAUGCUUUGAUUUGGGGAAACAUUGUCUCAUGGACUUAAGAAAAAACUCCAAAGAUGGACUGCCGUAGACGCUUGGUGCGUGUCAGUUCAACUUUAUUGACCACAAACAUGUUUGCCAAGAUGUUUUUUUGGACAAAGAGGUUUUCUUUGAAUAAAACUACUCUGUUUUAUAGUCAACAUCGCUUAAAGACCUUCAAAAACAUGUUUAUAACCACAAUUUAUUUGUGAUGUGCUUUGAUGAAGCCAAAAAAAAACAAUGUAGCAAGUGACAGUCGGCACUUUUGAAAUAUACUUAAGUUUCAUUUGUUAAUAUUGUUUUACAGUGUCCAACAUUUAAAUGUUACUAAGAAACUCAUGCAUCAUUGUUAAAGAACUUUUUAGUGUUUUCUUUCGGAGGACUGCUUGAAUGUAGAAAGGGGAAGUGCAGCAAACCAAUACAGUUACAUUCCAUCAUAUUUCAAGUACGUUAUUUGCUUUUCAGAGAAACAUCACACAUUUAGAGUAACAAUAGAAUAUAAAGUAACUUAGUAUUUUUAGUCUCCCUGCAGUUUGAACCAGUUUGAAUUGUAUAUGACUGUGUAUUUUCAAUAGAUAUGUCUAAAUCUCAAAUAUCAGUAUUUUGUAAUCUUAUUUAUAUGUCAAUAUUUUUUUUUAUGUUUUGUUGAUAAAUUUGUUUAUUCAUUUCUUUUUUUAUUUGGAUUUAAUGCAAUCAUUCAUACUUGUUACAUUUUGAAUGUUCAUGUUUUUUCCCCCUUGCUGAAAUCUCUCAUUCAAAUCUCUUAUAAUUUCUUGGCAAACUACAGUGAAAUUAACAAUGAUGAUUAGUUUUCUGCUGAGUUGGAUCAGGAUAUGCUGUAUGUAUGUGUUUGUUUUCAUUAUUGUCAAGAUGUUACUGAAUCUGUUUUGGGUGUUGAAUAAGAAAAAAUCCCAAAUCCCAAAUCAUACAAAAUGAUGUAUACACCAAGGUGACAAUGAUUUUUUUAUGAGAUCAUUAUUGAGACUAUCACUUCAACAAUAGUUUUCAUGGUAAUUGAAAAUGUUAAGCACCAAAACUUACCAAAAACAUUCAUCUUUCUUUAAUUAUUGUUUACAAAGUUUUCCAGUAACUUUUCAACAAGAAAUAAUUCCGCUGUUCCUGUUUUCACCUCCAAUAU